GGAGAGACGGAGGAGAGCAGAAUGCGCCUGCCUUUAUGUGUGCUGAAUUAGCCUCAGUUCACCUUCCUUAUCCAACCGUGCUGUUUUUCUCGCCACAAAGUAGAAGGAGAUAUCUCACUUUCAGCUGCAGCUGGGCCCUGGCUUCUGAACUCUCUGCGGCUCCCAAACAGUAUUAUGCAACAUCCCGAACAUUCCUCCGACUUAUCAUCCACCCGUUAGCGCUUCUCGCCUCCCAGAUCCGUCCUUUCACUCUGAUUUGUUCCAACUUUUUUUUUUUGUUUGUUUUUGCCACUUUUUAGUCCUGCUGGAUGAACAUCAAAUAUUUCCCCACCCUGUUCCCAUCACUCCACCCGCUGUUCCUCCUCUCCCACCCGCCCCAGCGCCUAAUUGGAUUCAGUUUGCUCCCAGUUGUUUUUCCCAGCCACACGCUCCGGUCGGUGGGGAAAGCUCUUCACUGCACUGGAUCCUCCUCGACGCCCAGCAGCAGCAGCUUCCACGGGUUUCCUACAACGCGUGCUGUGACGCUGUGAUGACCUCACUCAGGCUAUUGCCGCUCUUUCACUCACUCCUCAUCCUGCAAGUGCACAUUUCCAACCAGUUAGAAGACAACAAGAUCCCCCCCAGUCUGUGCACGGGCCAUCCGGGCACCCCGGGCACUCCUGGAGCUCAUGGCAGCACCGGUCAGCCAGGAAGAGACGGGCGCGAUGGGAGGGAUGCUGCUCCAGGGGAAAAGGGAGAGAAAGGGGACAGAGGAGACACAGGUGAGGCUGGAGUGCGAGGCCUGACUGGAGACAAAGGUUACACAGGAGAGAAGGGGGAGAGGGGGCAGCCGGGAGAGUGUGCGGUGGCCCCAAAGUCAGCCUUCAGUGCAAAGAUAUCCGAGAGCCGCACUUUGCCCCUCACAGGCAGCGAGGUGGUCUCCUUCGACAAGAUCUUACUGAACGAGCAGGGCGACUACAACGCAGAGACUGGACGCUUCACCUGCAAAGUCCCCGGCGUCUACUACUUCGCCGUCCACGCCACCGUGUACCGCGCCAGCCUGCAGUUUGACCUGAUGAAGAACGGACACGCUGUGGCGUCUUAUUUCCAGUUUUAUGGAAACUGGCCCAAGCCGGCGUCUCUGUCGGGCGGCUCCCUGCUCCACCUCAUCCCUGGAGACCAGGUGUGGGUCCAGAUGGCUCUGCCAGAAUUCAACGGGUUUUACUCCAGCACCAAGACCGACAGCACCUUCACCGGCUUCCUGGUGUAUUCUGACUGGAAAAACUCGGCUGUGUUUGCGUGACGCGUGCAGAGAAUCCCAGUGUGUUUUACAUUCUGGGCGAAGAAGAGUCUGGACAGUGUUGCUGGUAUGUAACAGAUGUAAAGUGCUCAUUUCUAUAACCAGCUGACUCAGGCCACUAACUCAAACAGCCUUGAUGCUAUUGUGCUCUUUGAUUCACAGUCUUUUCUGUACGGGAAACACAAAUAAAUCACUUUAGUUUUGAACCACACAGACUCAUGGGUUGUCGGGUCGACGCCCACAUUAAUUCUUCAUUAUAUCAUUACCCAGCUGACCUUAGUGUUUGGCUAUAGACGGCUGCAGUCAAGCUAGUCUAGUGGUUACUAGUGCAGGAGUUGGGGUCCUUCAAAAGGAAAGGAAAAAUGAUUUAUGGGCUAGAAAAGGAGAUAAGUGUUUUUCUCAUACUUGUGGAAAUUGUGUGAGGGUUCACAAGCCGGAAUGUGGAGAAACACCUAGUUUCAUUUCUAGCCAUGUCGUUACACCUAAUAUAGAAAGCAAUUAUUUCUUGGAGCUGUCAGAAUUAAUGUAGUGGAGUAAAGAAGCAAUAGUUUCCUCUGGAGGGAGUAUAAACGUCGGAAAAGACUCGAGCAUCUGA